UUUUGUAUUCCGUAACCCCUGUCCGCGUUUUCGACCGCGAAUCGAAAAGCCAAACACAAUUGAACAACCUUCUAAAUGAUUUUGUUUUCUUCUGUAUAAUUGAGACACAUUUACGCGUAACUUACAUGUAAAUUGAGAAAAGGGAAACACAUUUUUCGGGGUACAAUGUUUGGUGAAACACCGGCAACCGGAAGUACUUGUGUUUUCGUGUGUAAAACCCAUGGUAAAACCGAAUAGUGAGAUAGCUGAUUUCAGCUGGGUUACCCUUCAUUACUACCACAGAUGAACAUACUGUAUAUAUAAUUUCGAAGUAGGGGGAUAACGAACGUUUCAGAGAUGUCCAUGUCCCAUCUGUAUGGGAGGAGAGAGGAGGAGGAGGAAGGUGUGGAGAUAGAGAGCUUUGAGGUGACAGACUGGGACCUGGCCAAUGAGUUCAACCCAGACCGCCGCAGAUUCAGGCAGACCAAAGACCAGGCUACCUAUGGCAUCUGGGCUGACAGGGACUCAGACGAGGAUGAGAGGCCUAGCUUUGGAGGCAAGAAAUCCAAAGACUACAGUGCUCCAGUGAACUUUGUGAGUGCUGGUCUGCGCAAAUCUGCAGCUGAGGAGAAACAGCAACAACAAAAAGUAGAAGGAGGCUCUGAUGACUCAGAGGAAGAUGGUCCUUCAGCACCUCCCCCUCCUCGUGGCGCUGCACCCAAAAAACUCCAGAUGGGUAAUUUCCGGGGGAACCAGUCCCAGAGGUUUGCCGGUGGCAUACAGUCUGGUAAAGGCAUUGGUACCUGGGAGAAGCACACAAAGGGAAUUGGACAGAAACUUCUGCAGAAAAUGGGCUACCAACCAGGCAAAGGCCUGGGCAAGAAUGCUCAAGGUAUUAUAAACCCCAUUGAGGCAAAGGUUCGUAAAGGCAAGGGAGCCGUGGGUGCUUAUGGCAAUGAACGAACCCAGCAGAGUCUUCAGGAUUUUCCUGUGGUCGACUCGGAGGAAGAGGAGGAAAAGGAGUUUCAGAAGGAGCUAGGCCAGUGGCGCAAGGAUCCUGCAAGCUCUAUAGGAAAGAAGAAACCCAAGUACUCUUACAGAACUGUGGACGAGUUGAAAGCUAAAGGCAAGCUGGCAGGGCGCAGUACAGCAGCAUCCGCUGGAGAGUUGGCACAGGUCAAGGUUAUAGAUAUGACUGGAAGAGAACAAAAGGUAUAUUACAGUUACAGUCAGAUGUCCAACAAGCACAGUGUUCCAGAUGAAGGUCCUCCAAGCUUGUCGGCUCAGGAUCAGAAGGGAUCUGGCUUUGCUCUCCCUGAACUCGAACAUAACCUGCAGCUUCUGAUAGACCUCACAGAACAGGACAUAUUACAGUCCGCCAGACGUCUGCAGCAUGAAAAAGAUGUGGUUGUGUCUCUGAGCCAUGAGUCACUAGCACUGCAGAGCAGACUGGAUGCAGAGCAAGAAUCCAUCCAGAGAAUGGAAGCCGUUUUGGCAUUGGUGGGACGUUUUCCUUCUGGGGAGAUGGCACCUGGGGAGGGACCCACCCUGCAGGAGUGUGCCCGGAUCUUUGAGACUUUACAAACAGACUAUUAUGAAGAAUACAAGACGAUGGGAUUGGCAGACCUGGCUGUAGCUGUUGUUCAGCCACUACUCAAAGAGAAAGUUCGUUCCUGGGACCCUCUGAAGGACAGCUCUUAUUGUCUGGAAGACAUCGGUCAGUGGAGAGCAAUCCUUGAAUCUAGAGACCUCCAUAACAGUGCCCCAGAUUCAAACAUGGACCCUUACCACAGACUGUUGUGGGAAGUUUGGAUCCCAGUGAUGCGGCCCUGUGUGUCAGGCUGGCAGCCUCGUAUAGUAGGGCCAAUGGUGGACUGCGUGGAAGUGUGGGCUCCUCUUCUCCCCGUGUGGAUCCUGGAUCACCUGAUGGAGCAGCUGAUCUUACCCCGGCUACAGCGAGAGGUGGAUAACUGGAACCCUUUAACUGACACAGUGCCCAUCCACUCCUGGAUCCAUCCUUGGCUUCCUCUGCUCCAAUCACGUCUAGAGCCUCUUUACCCACCAAUCAGGAGCAAACUCUCCAAUGCCUUGCAGCGAUGGCAUCCCAGCGACGCUUCAGCCCGCCUCAUCCUGCAGCCUUGGAAAGAUGUUUUCACACCAGGUGCAUGGGAGGCCUUCAUGGUGAAAAAUAUCAUCCCUAAACUAGCUCUGUGUCUGGAAGAGCUGGUUAUCAACCCUCAUCAGCAGCAGAUGGAGCCAUUUCACUGGGUGAUGGACUGGGAGGGCAUGUUGUCCCCUUCCAGCCUUGUGUCGCUGCUGGACAAAAACUUCUUUACAAAGUGGUUGCAGGUCCUGUGUUCAUGGUUGAGCAACAGUCCUAACUAUGAGGAAAUCACUAAAUGGUACCUGGGUUGGAAAAGCAUGUUUAGUGACGCCUUGUUGUCACAGACGCUCAUCAAAGAGAAGUUCAACGAAGCUUUGGACAUCAUGAACCGCGCAGUGUCUUCAGGCAUGGGUGGAUAUAUGCAACCUGGUGCAAGGGAGAAUAUUGCAUAUCUAACACAGACAGAGAGACGAAAGGACUUCCAAUAUGAAGCGAUGCAGGAGCGCAGAGAUGCUGAGAGCGUGGCUCACAGAGGCAUCAGUGCUGGUGUGCCGACUAACUUCAAAGAUCUUAUCCAGACUAAGGCAGAGGAGAACAACAUUGUCUUUAUGCCCUUAGUGGCCAAACGGCACGAGGGCAAACAGCUGUACACCUUUGGGCGUAUUGUCAUUUACAUAGACAGAGGGGUUGUGUUUGUGCAAGGAGAGAAGACUUGGGUGCCCACGUCUUUGCAGAGUCUGAUAGAUAUGGCCAAGUGA